CGACAUUUUCACCUAUUAACAAAAUUUGUAAAUUGGUCUCAUAUCCGAAUCCGAAUGCUAACCAACGGGGCAGCUGCUCUCAGAUAACUCAAUAACUUGACGCCGUUCCCGUCCUCCAACCUCCGCCGCAGCCACCCUCGCCUUAUCCAUGGUCAGAUUUUAAUCUUGUUGCUUUCUAACUGUCAGCGGGAAACUGACGAAAUGAGCGCGGGAAGUAGGUGUUUUGUUGGAUAUUUGCUGCUGAAUUUGAUGGAACUAACAGUGGUGAAUCAUGCGUGCUGUUAAAGUACUGCUUGGCAGUUUUGCUCAUGCCUGUUGAACGAUUGCACUUAAGAUGGCCCAUUCUAUUCUGAGAUCAUUUUUCAGAUUCCCAAGCGGUGGCAUCUCAAAGCCUGCCUAUGCCUACUCUUGGUGGCAUGGAUAUAGCAGCCAUCAGGGUUAUGGCAGAAUUUGCUUUGAUCGGAAAGCUAAUAAUAGUAGGCUUUUGAAUGGAGUAACAAGUUUCCAUUUUGUUAAAGAAGCUAGUAUUAUAGGGUUUCCAAAUGGAGUUAUUGCAGCAUGCUCUAGAAACUACAAUUCAAGUAUUACUAGUACUUGUGAGACUGUUGAUGGUAGCGAGUACCUAGCAAUGACAGAUGAGAAGCUAAUGAGUCAGUGCGAGAUGGGUACUUUUAAGGUAUCCGGUCCAGGGGGACAGCACCGCAACAAGCGUGAGUCUGCUGUGCGUCUCAAGCAUCUUCCGACAGGCAUCAUAGCUCAGGCAUCAGAGGAUAGAUCCCAACACAAAAAUCGGGCAGUAGCACUUUCUCGGUUGCGUAAACUUUUAGCUCUCAAAGUUAGGAACACUAUUGACCUUGAAACCUACGUACCUCCUCCAGAACUUGUUCAAAUUCUUCCGACGAAGUCCACUAUUAGAUUGGACAAGGGGUCUCAGAUUGGACCGAAUAACCCUAAAUUUGCUCUGGGAAUGCAAGCUUUGAUUGACCUUAUAUUUGCAGCUGGAGGUUCUGUUUCAGAUGCUGCAAAGAAAUUAGGGUUGAGCACUGGAGCUUUAUCACGGUUGAUAUUAUCUGAUGAUUCUCUUCGACACGCAGUAAACGAAUUCAGGGUUGAUAAGGGUAUGAAGCCUCUCAAGUAGGACUCUUACUGGAUGUAGCCAAAUGUUUCAGGCACUCCAGAAGAUUCAUGGCAGCAAAAUAUUUACAACACUCUUGAGUCCCUCCAUAGCUAGUACCCUCCCUGUAUGAAUGCAUUGAGACGGUCCAACUCUUCGCGAUGCUCACUCACAACUGCACGAACCACAUCUCCGAUGGACACCAUGCCGAUCAUCCCACCUUCACUGAUCACUGGAAUGUGCCUGAUCCUAUUGUCUGCCAAUCAAGAGUUUCAAGGAGGCCAAACAACCAUGAGUUUUUAGACUAUUGUUGAAAUAAAGUGGAACUAUCAACACACAAAAGUGGAAAGUAGUACCUGUCAUCAACUGCAUUGCCUUGAGAACUUUAGUGUCUGGUGUUACUGUUAUAAGCUUGUUCUGCAAUCAGUCAAUUUAGAGUUUAUUAUGAUCAUUGCCAUGAACCCUAUUUUUUGCACUGUAACAGAAUAUAUCUGCUAUUUUCACAGCAUAUAUAUAAUACAUAUGUAUGUAAU